CUCAGCCAGCAGUCAGCCUGCCGGAGACAGAGCCUCCACGACUCCCAGCUUCCUCCUCGCCGCCGCCGCCGCCGCCGCCGCCUCCUUUUCUCCUCCUCCUCUUCUUCCUCCUCCUCCCUCGCUCCCACAGCCAUGUCUGCUUAGACCAGAGCCGCCCCACAGCCAACUCGGGCAGCCGCCGCCGCCACAGUAGCAGGAUCAGCUGCCGCCGCCUGGGAGCGAUGACAGGAGUGUUUGACAGAAGGGUCCCCAGCAUCCGAUCCGGCGACUUCCAAGCUCCUUUCCAGACGUCCUCAGCCAUGCACCACCCGUCUCAGGAAUCUCCAACUUUACCAGAGUCGUCGGCCACCGAUUCCGACUACUACAGCCCCGCGGGGGGAGCCCCGCACGGCUACUGCUCUCCUACCUCGGCUUCCUAUGGCAAAGCCCUCAACCCCUACCAGUACCAGUACCACGGCGUGAACGGCUCCGCCGGCAGCUACCCCGCCAAAGCUUACGCCGACUACAGCUAUGCCAGCCCCUACCACCAGUACGGCGGCGCCUACAACCGCGUCCCCAGCUCCUCCACUCAGCCAGAAAAAGAAGUGGCAGAGCCCGAGGUGAGGAUGGUGAAUGGCAAACCAAAGAAAGUUCGGAAACCCAGGACUAUUUAUUCCAGCUUUCAGCUGGCCGCGUUACAGAGGAGGUUUCAGAAGACUCAGUACCUCGCCCUGCCGGAACGCGCCGAGCUGGCCGCCUCGCUGGGAUUGACGCAAACACAGGUGAAAAUUUGGUUUCAGAACAAAAGAUCCAAGAUCAAGAAGAUCAUGAAAAACGGGGAGAUGCCCCCGGAGCACAGCCCCAGCUCCAGCGACCCUAUGGCGUGUAACUCCCCUCAGUCUCCGGCGGUGUGGGAGCCCCAGGGCUCGUCCCGCUCGCUGAGCCACCACCCUCAUGCCCACCCUCCGACCUCCAAUCAGUCCCCCGCGUCCAGCUACCUGGAGAACUCGGCUUCCUGGUACCCCAGCGCAGCCAGCUCGAUCAAUUCCCACCUGCCGCCGCCUGGCUCCUUACAGCACCCGCUGGCUUUGGCCUCCGGGACCCUCUAUUAGAUGGGCCGCUUUCUUGCUCUUUUUUGGGACUACUGUGUUUUGCUGUUUUAGAAAAUCAUAAAGAAAGGAAUUCCUAUGGGGAAGUUUGGAAAACGGAAACAAGAGUCAUGUGUAAAGCUUUUUUUUGCAUGUAAGUUAUUGCAUUUCAAAGGACCCCCAUCCUCCCCCCUUUUUUUUACAGAUGAACUUUUUUUUGUGCGCAACUGUGGACACUAUCAAUGGUGCCUUGAAAUCUAUGACCUCAACUUUUCAAAAGACUUUUUUCAAUGUUAUUUUAACCAUGUAAAUAAGUGUAGAUAGAGGAAUUAAACUGUAUAUUCUGGAUAAAUAAAAUUAUUUCGACCAUGAAAGCAAAAGAGUUCUAAAAAAGAUACUCCUUUGCCUCACUUAUAAUGAGCUAGUGAAGUUUUACAUAGGCAUUAAAAAGAAGACAAGCUGUGCAAAGGUCAACAAGGCAAAAAGGAAACAAAUUGGAGGCUGCAUGGUUGAGAACUGUACAUGUGUAUAUACUGGAUGCUGUACUAAUAUGCUUUUAUACAUGUGGCCUGUUUAUAGUGUUGCUGCAUAAUAUGUAGGUGGGUUGGGUUUUUUUGGUCUAAAUACCAAAAAAAAGUUUAGAUAAUUUUAAGUUUAACCCCAAGUUGUCUCAGGUAGAAGGUAAUUUUGGACUCUAAAUACAACCCUCCCAACCUGUGUAUCAAAAGCAAAUGAAAUCCCUCAAAAACUCCUCUCAAUUCUAAAUUCAAUGCAAUUAUUUUGAAGCACUCCCCCCCACAUCAGCUUCUGUGUAUUGCCAGAGCAAUUAGACAAAUUACACUCUCUUCAGAGGGAGCUUUUAGAGAUAAGAAAAAUGAAACAAAAAGGAAGACAUUUACCCUCAUUUCUCUUAGAUUUUUUAAAAAUUAUAAGUGUUUGCAGCAUGACAAAUGGUGGAACUUUGGACUCCUUGGGUGCAUGAUUAUAAAUGUAUUUGAACUCUUUCAGAAAAAGGCCUGGAGAACAAUGAUGGGCCUAAAUCAGAAGGCCAGCAGGGCACGUGGAGAGCAUUUCUUCCCCUGCCAAGAGUGGGAAUUGUGGAGUGGAGGGAAGGAAUGAAAGCUUUGUGGCCUCAUGUUGAUAUCAUUUCGGGUGAGGUAAUAGUCUUAAUAUAAUUUCCCUCUCCAUUCUCUUCACCACUCUGAGUUUUUCAGGGAGCGUUCAUCUCUGCUUUGCUUUUUACAUAAAACAAAGACAAAGCAGUUUCCAAAGGAUGGCAAAUUGAAUCUGUUUGCAGGAUUUCUUCUUUGUGAAGCCUUCUUGGGGUAGAGAGGAUAGAUUUGCUGCAUCCUUUGCCUGUGUCCCAUCCUUCUCCUAGCAUCUUAAUUUUAGACAUCAGGAGUGUGAGCAGAGCUCCCGGAGGGGUCCAGAGCUGUCUCCUGGACCUGAAUGUCAUAUAGUUCCUUUGGCUCUGUUUCUUGGAUAAUCGCAUGUUGAAAAUUACAAGAUGCUUGAGAAACAUUUUACAGCAAGGGAAGUUGGCAGCAAUAAAUGUGACAAAGAGCUUCUUUAAAGGGGGGGAGUGGGGGGUUAAAGAUUAGAACAUAAAAAAUUACAUCCUGUCAUCUGAGGAUUUCAGAGCAGUCUCUUCCAGGGUUGGGAACUAGACCUGAAAAGGCAUGCUGUGUGCCUGGAGGGGAAUUUACCUGUGUGUGUGUUCUCUAGUCUCUCUCUCUCUCUCUCUCUCUCUCUCUCUCUCUCUCUCUCUCUCUCUCUCUCUCUCUCUCUCUCUCUCUCUCUCUCUCUCUCUCUCUCCACCCCUUCAGGAAUUCAAAGAUUUAGUGGGUCUUUGGGGACACCCCUCCAGACUUCCAUACCCAUAUACCCACUGCACCCCCCACAGACAGACAGACACACACACACACACACACAAACACACCCCAAAGCCCUAGCAGUCCCUUCUCCAGGCUUUCUUUUUUCCCCUUUCUCAGAUGAAGCUGGGGGUGACGGAGGCACAGUGGGCAGAGCCACAUGAAGCUCUACUUUGUGUUUUUGCGCCAGCAGAGAAUAGGAGAUUGGGGGUGGGGGUAGAGGGAUUCAUUUCCUGCUUUUCUUUCUUUGCUUGUAAGAUUUCGGAGUUUCCAUUACACCGGAGCCUGUGCUUUAUUUCCGAUGAAUCCAGUAGGGAGGAACUCUGCGCCCGCGCCUCUCAUGCGCUGGGGUGCGUGUUUGGGAAGGUUGGGGGCGCGCACCCACUCUCUGACUCUUCACACUUCCCACCCACUGGCUUCCUGAGAGUGGCAGGGAUGUGCUAGGAACAAGCUCCUUUUCUUCCCACGCAUACUGUGGGUAGGUAUUUUUCCAACUGCCCCUGUCCUCUCCCACCUCUAUCCCUGCCUUUGGUAGGGCAACGCUUUCACUAACCCACUAAACAAGCAGGCGAGCAGUGAGAAGCCCAAGUUUGAACUCUUCUUGGGAAAGAAGCGGGAAACUUAACAACCGCCUUCCCACCCCCACGCCCCCAGCCCUGACGCUCUUGUUAAAAACUCUCCAUCCUCUCAGCGACACAGCCUUGACUUGAGGAUUCUUUCCUUUAUGUUAACCUCACUUCUUCCUCUCGCAGUGGCCUCUUCUCUCAAAAAGCUCUCUCUCUCUCUCUCUCUCUCUCUCUCUCUCUCUCUCUCUCUCUCUCUCUCUCUCUCUCUCUCCCUCCCUCCCUCUCUCCCUUUCUCUUUCCCUCCCUUCCUCCCCCCUCUCUCCUUCCCUCACUCCCUCCCGGCUCCCCCUUUUUCCGCUCUUAAACUUGGUCCACAAGCCUUGGACAAAAAUAUUCUGACAAACCACUCUGUAGCGGGUUUUCCCUGGCACCAUGGGGAUUCUCCCAAGAGGAUUUAACUCCCAGCAGUCCUGCGCCCAGCGAUGUAAAAAUAACAGAUCCCCAGCAAAGUCUAAAAAUAUCUAAGAAGAUGUUUCUCUCCCCACCCACCCACCUCUAUCUCUCCAUUGUUUGUGCCACGCCUAAUAGAAAGGUGCACCAUUCCCGCGCAUCCUGCUGUUCUGUCUGACCCAGGUUUCUCCACCCCUCACUGGGCUCCCCUCUGAUCGCCCCUGGCGGACCUCCUCUUGCUUAGCUUCCCAAAUGAAUCAGGUCCACUCGAAGAUUAAAUUCUUUUCCACGGGCCUCUUUAGCUCCCCUCCACACCCAGAUUCUCCUAACACCGCCCCCCGCCCACCCCCCCAUACCCUCUAUCCUCAAACCUCCUCACAAAACCCAGGAGGCCAAGGGAAUGCUGGCAGCGUUCGUAAUUCCUCGGUGCCCGGUUCGCCUCCAGGGCCCUCUUAGAAGAGAAGAGAUAAAUUGGUCUUUGUUUGAGGCAAGAGUUUGGCUAGGCGGAUUUCUGCCCUGUUCCCCCCCCCCCCCUUUUUCCUGGCGGCCACCUCCUUGUGGAACAGGGGACGGCCUGGGGAGCCGAGCAAAGCCUCAUUCCUGUGGGUGCCAGGCGGCUCCAGUACUGAGCCACAAGGCCUGAGACACACACACACACAGGAACCCGCAAACCUCGCUGCCCUUGAUCUUGCUCGCUCGCUCUCCCUCCCGGUGGGGCACCCACCCGGGAGCCAGUCCACCCACACUGGGAUCCACCCAGGCCUCGGCCUCAGGCAGGAGCGUGUUGACCCACACAUCAACACACGCACACACCCCCUCCUGGUGACACAGGCCAGGCCAGGAUCUCCCCGCCCAUGCCAAUUCUCUCUCUCCCACCCCUGAUCCCACAAUCCCAGACGCGCCGGCUGGCCUCCUUGGGCUCCUUUGAUCCCACCGGACGCCCUGUGGGUCUCGGCGUCCUGGCCGCGCCAUCCUGGGAGUCACCCACUGUGCACCCAGGCCAAACCGUGCUGGCCUCCUCUCUGCGCGCCCGACAGUUUACUCGGGCCUUGACCCCACCCGGGGUUCCCGAAUCCCAGCCCGAAGCGCCAGGGAUGCCUCCAGGAACGCUGGCCCCCCGCCUCCUGCUCCCAGCCCGUCUCCACCCCCCUGCACUACCUCUCGCUGAAGCAGAUGGACCACCCCACCCCCCACCCCCCAACUUCGCAGGCCCUGGGAUCGUGCGCCUCCCACUGGCCACGGGGAUCGCGCCAAGCCGGAGCUCACCAGUCCUCCCGGGAGGCACGCCCAGGGGGCUGACGCCCUAGGGCACCUCUGGGAAUCGCGCCACGCCGGCGGGUCCGACUGCGGUCACCUCUCUCCUCCACCCGAAAGCACCCCCUUCCCAUAAGCGGCAGGCUUGAGGCUCUGGGCUCCCGGGAGUUUGGGGAGGGCAGGGGGCGCUGCGGCUUGCUCCCGCCCUCCUCUGGCGUCCCCAGGUUCCCUGUACACUGCAUUUGGCUCCCCCGCACCCCCCCACCCCCCCAGCCACGGUGAACUCUAGGCCUGGAAAAUAGCUCGAAUAGCGGUAGUAGAUGUGGGAUUGGCUAAAUAUUUUUUCUGCGCAUCCCUGUAUUCCCCCCUCCUCAGCCCCGCAAUUCGCAUUUUCCUUUGCAUCUGACAAGCGUUAGGUCCCCCGCUGGUGGGGGUAGAAAGUCUAAGUUGUAUCUCCUGCGGAGCGGACCAGUGAGAUGCCCUCAAGCCUUUCCCUCCAGUAGAACAAGGUUGCCCGUUGUAAUGCAAUAAUCUGUUUUAUAGGAAGCUGGGGAAUUAAUGAAUCUCCCUUUAAAGGAGAUGAGAAUUCUCUUACAGCAAUUAAAUAUUUCUGCUCUUU